GGAUUUGCUAUGAAGGUGUAAACAAUAAACAUGAUUUAGUGUUUUUGUUAGAGAAUGCUUUGUCACAGGAAAUGGAAAAGGCAGAAAUUCAAGAAAAUCAACUAUUAUCUACCGAUAUGUUAAAUCUAGACAGAGAAAUAAGGUAUAUUAGAUAA